CCGUGAGAUAUUGGAUGGAAAAGAUAGGACCCCCGCCAGUAGUAGCUUGCUGGUUAAGGAACUUAGUGCCCCUGUUUCCAAGGAAUGUAUAGAGCCUCAUCGAAAAAGGGAAUCCAAAACCCUACAAACUAAAGGCAGAACAAAUGGUGUGGUUGGAGGAGGAGUUAAAUCGAACCUUGGAGGAACCCACGAUAGAAAUUUUGGCCAUCCAUAUUCGUCCAUAAAGGAGCUGUCAGAGAGAGCAAAGCAAUUAGCAAAAAAUGCAGUGUCCCCUUCUACAAAGCUAAAUCGGAGAAGGUAUUUUGGUGUUCAUUAUGUGGCUAGACGUAAUGGGCCUGGGGCCACAAACCCCCAGAGUCCUACAGGUGGUUGUAAAUAA